AGCGAGCAGUCAGUUUCAAUUCGAAAGUUGCUCAAAGCAGUUCACAAAAUGUUAUUCAUCAUCUAUUUGCUGAUCACAAUAUCGGCGGUAAUUGCGUACUUGCUGCAUCGCAAUGCCACAUUCUGGAGAAAUCGGGGUAUACCCCAAGAUCCUCCACAUCCAUUCUAUGGCAAUCUUGUGGGAUUCCGCAAGAAUCGUGUCAUCCACGAUCUCGUCUAUGAUUACUACAAUAAGUAUCGCAAAAGCGGCCAUCCAUUUGUGGGCUUCAACUUCUUGCAAAGGCGCAGCGCCUUCAUUAUGGACAUCAAGUUGGCCAAGAAUGUGCUGAUCAAAGAUUUCACCAACUUUGCCGAUCGCGGACAGUUCCACAAUGUGCGAGACGAUCCCUUGACUGGUCACCUCUUCAACUUGGAUGGCAAACGCUGGAAGGAAAUGCGACAGAAGCUUUCACCUACUUUCACUUCCGGCAAAAUGAAGUUUAUGUUCCCCACGGUCAUUAAGGUGUCUGAGGAAUUUGUCAAAGUGAUGUUCGAACAAGUUCCCGCCAAAACUGGCGGUUCCAUCAUUGAGAUCAAAGAGCUGAUGGCUCGCUUCACCACCGAUGUCAUUGGCACCUGUGCCUUUGGCAUUGAGUGCAAUACUCUGCGCACUCCGGUCACCGAUUUCCGCACCAUGGCCAAAAAAGCCAUCACCGAUAUGCGACAUGGACCACUCCUCACUGCAUUCCACUUUAGUUUCCCAAAUAUUGCGGCUAAGCUGCGCAUGCGAAUGAUACCCGAUGAUGUCCACGAGUUCUUUAUGGGAUUGGUGAACGAAACACUCGCCUACAGAGAAAAGGAGAAGAUCAAGCGUAACGACUUCAUGGAAAUGUUGAUUGAACUGAAGCAGAAGGGCACCUUCACUUUGGACAAUGGUGAAGUGAUCACGGGAUUGGAUUUCGGCGAGUUGGCUGCUCAAGUCUUUGUCUUCUAUCUGGCUGGCUUUGAAACUUCAUCGUCUACCAUGAGCUACUGCCUCUAUGAGCUGUCUCAGCAUCAAGACAUACAAGACAAACUCAGAGAAGAGGUUAAUGCCGUGCUUGAAAAGCAUAACAACAAAUUAACUUACGAAUGCAUCAAGGAUAUGCGUUACUUGGAUCAAGUCAUCUCAGAAACUCUUCGUCUCUAUACGAUUGUGCCGUUCUUGGAGCGCAAAGCGCUGAAAGAUUAUGUUGUUCCCGGACAUCCCAAUUAUGUUAUACCUAAGGGCACUCAGGUUAUUGUUCCCGCCUGUGCCAUUCAUCGCGAUGAAGAUUUCUACACAGAGCCCACCAAAUUCGAUCCCGAUCGCUUCUCAGCCGAUGAAGUUGCCAACCGAGACUCUGUCGAGUGGUUGCCCUUCGGUGAUGGUCCAAGGAACUGUGUUGGAAUGCGUUUUGGCCAAAUGCAGACACGUAUUGGCCUGGCCCAGUUGAUCCAGAACUUCAAGUUCUCGGUAUGCGAUGAGACUGAUAUUCCUCUGAACUACGAUCCGAAGCCAUUUGUGCUGGGUACAAUUGGCGGCAUCAAUGUGCGUGUGGAACGAGUUUAGCAAUGUUGUUUUUUGAACGUUGAUAAUUACGUCAUUGUUUUUGGCGUUGAAUUGUUGUUUACAUUGAUGUCAAAUUUGUUGAGGCGUAUAUAAUGAUUGUAUACGGAUGAUUGGUAUGCGUGCAGUAAGCUACUUGUUUACAUUGAGGAUGUAUUCAAAUGUAUGCCUGCUGCUUGUACAUAAGUGUAUAUAUUAAACAGGGUAAUUAUAAUGAAUUAAUAAGUC